UUGCCUAGCACUAGCUCCAGCUCUGCCAGGAGACAGGAGGCUUCACAGUAGCUCUUGGGGUCGGAUUCUAAACUUUGGGAUCAAACAGUGAAGGACCUGGAAUAGAACACUCCUUGGACCCCAGCAGGACUCUGAGCAGCUGUGUUUGUCUUUCUUCGUCCCCAGCUCCUCCCCUCGCCUCUUGCCCAUCAAUUUCUCCUUUUUAUUGACUCCUUGCCCUUUCCGCCUCCUGCUGCCCCCAGGUCCUCACUCUUCCCUCACCCCAUUCACCCCUGCUACUAGCACCUUCCUCCACUCUUUCCUUCCCUCUCGGCACCCCUUCCUUCCUUCCUCCCCAGUGUCCCCCCUCACUGCCCCCUUUUCCUUCUCCUUACCGCCCCGCCUUCUCCCUCCUUUUCCCCCUCUCCCUACCUCGUCCUCCUCCUUGUCCUUCCACCUUCCUCCUCACUCCUCUCUCCUCUCCCUGAGCCCCACCACCUCCCCCCAGCCCCUCCCAUCAGUGUUUGCUUUUCUCCCGGAUCCGGAUGAAGGGGUUGCCCUGCCCGUGCCCUGCCCUGCCCCACUUCUGGCAGCCGGGGUCUCGCUUCAUGGCCGAGAGCUCCAGGACUCAGGCCCCAGGGAAGGGGCCCCUGCUCAGCGUCCAGCUCCUGAGAGCCCAGUAUGAAGGCUUGAGACGGCAGCAGAGGGCCCAGUCCCACCUGGUGGUGCUCCCGAAAGGAGGGAACAUGCCCGCGCUUGCGGAGUCCAUGGUCAAUGCUGUUUGGAUUAACAAGGAGAGAAGGCCUUCGCUGUCCCUCGAAGAGGUGGGUCCUGAGGCAGAGGGGAUGCUGGAGGAGGCUGACCAAGUCUCUCUUCGGGCCCCCGAGUCUCCAUGGCACACACAAUUAGAGGUGCACUGCUUGGCCCAAACCUUCCACCAGGAAACCAGCCAUCAGGUAAAACACAAGGACAAGUUCACAGGAUCUGAGCAAAGCCUCCCUCAGGAAGGAGACCCAGGUUUGCUGGAAGAAAAUAAGGUGACUCCGCAAGAGACCAUGAUCCCUGAGGCAGCCCAGCAUGGAGGUCAAGUGGGAGACCCCCAAACAAAGGCAGUGGGAUCCAGCCUAAACACCGGCGUUCAGUGCCCUCCUUCCAUAAAGAACCCACACAGGUCUGGAAAACCAGCUCACUAUCCGUUUCCCCAGAGGAAAACCCCCAGGAUCUCCCAAGCCGCCCGGAACCUGGGCUUAUACGGCCCAGCCUAAAGCUUUCUGCUCAAAGGUCUCAAGCUCGAGGCCCUCUCUGUCCUCAUCAAAGGGCCCGGGAGACAGAGGCACCACUAGGGCCUUAGCUUUGAACAAGGACUGGACCAAGUCAAUUGUAGGGACUGUGGGGAAUGAACUUCACUGUGGCCAUGUGCUCUUGUCCUUCAAAAGGGAAGAGAUCUUCCCAGACCAGACUGCUCACAGCUCAGCAGGAAAGAGUGCCGUCCGAUCAACGCCGCCCCAUUCUGCUUGUGUAAGAAGACACUGCUACUGAGUCCUGGAAAGUCCAGUAGGAUAUCUGCUCACUCCCUAGCACUAGAGAAUUCUGAAACAUGAAGACGGGGACCCUAGCCAAUGCGUGCCUCGCAGUGCCUUGGUGUCAACCGGCGUGGGCAAUCUUGCUUUCAGGAACUUCUGAAGACUUCUCACCUGUUUUGGAAAAGAUGAGCUCUGAGAACUGUCUUUUUCUGGUUGCUAUGCCUGGAGGCCAGCUCACUUAGAAGUUACUCUAUUCAUUGGUAGUGACCACACCUUUUCAGCAUGAGCCUCCCAAAGUAUGGUGACCCUGGGUAUAAGGGUCGAUGCCACCUGCUGUUUGAGGGUCUUUAGGAAGGGUUGGUCACCUCUCCCCUCUCACUGAGACUGCACAUUCCAGUCUCAUUACAGAUUUGUUUCCUUCCCUCCUUCCCUCCACCCUUCCUUUCUUUCUUUCUACUUUUCUAUUCAUCUGUCUCCCCUCUCUCUCCAAAUUAAACACUGCCAAUCUUUGAAGAUUUAUUAUAAUAGGAGCCUGAGAGAAGAAGACAAAGAAAUGUUCCUGCUUGGAAAAUAUGUGUUCCUCAAAAACUGCUCCCCUUUCAGCCAAAUUUAAAUCACUCAGCUCCUUCCUGGUAUAUUUUAAACCAAAGACAAAGUGAAGCAGGUGUUACUUGGGUGACGGGGAAGAAAGCAUCUUAGCUAGUUAAUGUUUAACUUUAAUAAUGAUACUUAAACACAGCGAAAGUGCCUUCUCCUUGUGCCAGAUUCUCUCUCUGUAAAGUUUUAUCCACAUCUUCCUUUUCUCCUUGCGGUGACCCAGUCUUGCCCAUCCACACUGAGAGUUGUUAACUAGGAGUGUCAUUACCUGUCAAAAAUAUGUAUGUGCCGUCUCCUUAGGCCACCCUGAAAUUCCCUCCAAGUUGGGGAUUAAUUAUGAUUCCUUUUGUGAAUAACUAAUAAGAGCCAGUUGUUAAUUUUUUUAUAGUCUAAUGAAAAACAAGACCAUUUUCUGAAAAAACAAAACAAAACUGUGUCCUUUACUUUUGUUUUAAAGAGGAUUCCUACAAAUAACUCUUCUUUCUACAGUGUAUCAAUCAGGAUAGACUAUGUUUUGCUGAGUAACAAAUGA